CUCAUAGACUCCAGGGUCAGAAGGGACCAUUAUGAUCAUCUAGUCUGACCCCCUGCACAGUGCAGGCCACAAAAUCUCACCCACCCCUCCUAGAAUAAUCCUCUCACCUAUAUCUCAGAUAUUGAAGCCUUCAAAUACUUUGAAGACCCCAAGAUGCAGAGACUGGGGCGGUUCUCUGUGCUUUCACCUCCCAAGUGUUUAAAAAUCAUGGAUCAGCAAUCAGUGUGAGGAGGAGGGACCGAAAAGGGAGGAGGGACUAAAAUGUGGCAGCACCAUCGGUCGCUGGGGAGAAAGUCCGGGGCAUCCCUGCCUGUAGCUCGUGGCAGAAGCCGGGCCUGGUGAGAGAAACUGGGAAACAUUAAACCGACAGGCCGAGAAGCCAGGAGACGCAUGACCGGACCCCUCCUUGUGACUCCAAACAUCCAGCGGAACAUUUUCUUUGGCUGUUUUCAAGCUCGGCUCCUGGCUUCACGGAGGCCGGCGGUGGCUGGAUCGCGGCGGAAGGGAUUACGAUGUGUCUCCUGCCCACCGACAGCGUGCUCGGAGCUGCCCGGGCUCACUAAAUGCCUUGGCUCCUCUCCUUGAAUUGUCUCCCGUGGAAUUGAACGGCGGACGGAGGAGAUAGAAAAACCAGUGACAAGUAGCGUUCUGGGGGCCGGUGGUCGGCAUCCCGGCUUGGGAACACACACGGUGGCGCUAAACGGAGCGGCGCGUCUAGGAGGGAUCGUUUGCAGUCGCUCCCGAAUGGCCUGUUCCCCCUGGGGCUCUCUGGGGGGUGGGGGGCAGCCACGGUGAAGGUGCGUGGAAUCUCCUACUGCAGGCUUGGGCAGUUCAGACGGGCAGGCUCUGAGCCCCACUUCCGGAUGGGAAGGAAACUUUCCCUCGCCCAGCAGCCUUGUCACUGGCCUGUCUGUUAGGUGAAGGCCAGAGAGAUGAACUGAUUAGCCCAAGGUCGUGCCAGGAGCCUGCGGCGGCGUGGCCUGGAACUGAACCGAGACCCGGACAGCAGAGCACCGCAGUCAGCGUCCUUCGCUCGGCCUGAGAGGCGGAGACACAGCGGUCUCGGUGCAGUGUGUUCAACCAAUGGCACAACAGGAUUCCGAAGCAACAAAUUUCAGCCUGAAGUGCCUUAAAGAGAAGCGGAUCCCGAUUCUCGUUAUCGUCGUCAUCACCGCUUUGAUCAUCACCAUCAUUGCGCUGGCAGCCAAGAAAACUCCCCCCUGCCCAUCUUGCUCUCUCCAUGUCACUGCCGCGUGCCCGGACGGCUGGGUUGGAUUCCAAGGGAAAUGCUCCUACUUCUCGGAGAUGGAACGGAACUGGACCACCAGCCGGAACCACUGCGCUUCCCUCAAUGCCUCCCUGGCCACUGUCGAUUCCCUGGCGGAGCUUGCUUUCAUGCUGCGCUAUAGAGGCCUCCCUUUUCACUGGAUCGGCCUCCAGAGAGAACAAGACCAGGGCCAGCCGUGGAAAUGGACCAACGGUACCAUAUUCAACAACCUACGGAAACAUUUUCAUUUGCGCAUGGAGCCUCUGCAGCACAUCAUGGGAACUGUCUUCGCGGGGCCUUUCGGCUCCAUUGGUCCCUGGUCUUUAACCAACAACAUCUCCCAUGAUGCACUGCAGUGGCUGGCAUAUCAGUGUUCUUACGUGCUGCUUCAGCAGUAGGGAGAUGCUGCAGUGCAUCCUGGGAGAUGUAGUCCAGCUGGGAGCCAGGGCCUGUUGGAGACAACAGGGCUGGAGGAAGGAAGAACUACAAUUCCCAUGAUGCAUCAGCUCCACAGUCACUCUUUAAAAGGCUUCAUUUGUGGUACCCCUAAAUCCUAAAUAUUUUGGAGAGAAUUUCUGUCCAGUGGGAAAUUUUAAAUAUUUUUGACUCUUCGUCCCCAUUCUGGAGGAAAACCCGUCAAAACACAGAGAUUCCCCUCAAUAUGGAAAUUCUGUUGGGCACAUGGGUUCAACCCUAAAUCAUUCCCAAGUGCACAGUAAGGGGGAAGAGCUUCUGAGGCUACAGGACAGUGUCAGCACAAGGGAUUAACUGGCCAGAAAUGAAUCCGGGGCUGGAAAAUGAGCAGUAGUUUUCUGCCCUUCGGAGGAGGGAGGUUCUGAGGCAGCCGCCCCGUAGGAGGAACAACCGAACUAGUGAGAAUACACAGCCUGACCGGGCUACAAACAGGAUGAUGCACUGUGGGGGCCUACAAUAUCUCCUCUAAUUUUUCCAUCCACGUGUGGAAUAAAUUUUGUUACAUGCACCAAUGCCUGUGCAGAUGUGCACCACCAGUAGAAACACAAACCCAGCUCUGCUAAUCAGCGGGGCGGCAUUUGAGUCUUUCUUGGUUGGCUUCCCCAGUGUGCUGCCUUCAGGGAACACUGGUGGCCUACCAUAGCAGGGGGGUGGACUCGGUGACCCACAGCCUGCCUUGCUGUCCUCUGUCCCCUCACACACUGGAAAGACCUGCAAGAAACUUGGCAGCCUCUGCAUCCUGGUCUCUCCGAGCCUGAUUUUGGUGCGCUCAGCACCCGCGGUGACAUUGACAGCCGGACGUGACCAGUGCCGGGUUUCACAGCUGGCUGGCAGCAAAGUCUGGCUGAGAACCCAGCUCCCCAAUAACCCCUCGC